CAUAUGCAUGUGCGGAACAUCCCAGAUACCACCGAGAACCGAAAGAACUACGAUUUGACGUGCCAUCGCCAAUACAGUAGUGACGACUCCUCAUGUGACAUCUAUGCGGUGAACGAUGUGCGGGUGCAUCCCUUACACCAGAGCAUCGCCACCGUUGGUUCCGAUAAAAAAUUCAAUUUCUGGAACAAGGCCAAGCGUUGCAGUAUCUACAGCAGUGCCGCGAUGGAUCAGACGAUCACAAAGUGCGCCAUCAGCUGUGAUGGGCAGCUCUUUGCCUAUGCCCUUGGGUACGACUGGUCCAUGGGACACGAGCACUGUGAUCAAAAUCGGAAAUCGCAGAUAAGUUUAUAUCACUGCUUGGAGUCAAUGCGUUCGAACUAGCUCGAUAAAUUUAGAAUUUAAAUUAAAUUUUAUUUC